UCGACUACGUGCCCACGCCGCCUGUCCUGGCUGUGCGUCACUGUCAUCUCCCCGCUGUCACUCCGGGUUGUGAUGGCGGAGGUGGACGAUACCGACGUAAUGAUGAGCUACCACGGGGAUUUCUUGAAAAGCGACCGAAAAAGCAGCCGCUACCCCUACUGCGUCGUCUGGACGCCGAUUCCCAUUUUAUCGUGGGUGCUUCCCUUCAUUGGGCACAUGGGCAUCUGCACUUCUGCUGGCAUCAUACGAGAUUUUGCAGGAUCUUACUUUGUCUCGGAGGACAACAUGGGCUUUGGUAGACCAACAAAGUACUGGAAGCUCGAUGUGGACAAAGUCUGUGGAAACGGUGCAGCUACAUGGGACAAAGCAGUACACGAUGCAUCUGAGGAGUACAAAUGCAGGCCGCACAAUCUGUGCUUUGAUAACUGCCAUUCCCACGUCGCGAUGGCCCUCAACCUCAUGCGCUACGACAACAGCACGUCUUGGAACAUGGUGAACCUGUGUGCGCUGUCUCUCAUUCAUGGGAAACAUAUGAGCUGGGCCGCAUUCCUCAAGACCUGGCUGCCCUUCCUCAUGCUGUGCGGAGUCCUCGCCACCUUCAUCCUCACGUUCAACCUCCAGUAGAGCGCCGCAAUUAGAUGACUUCAGUUAUACUUUAUACAUUGUCGCUAAAUGAUGUGUUUUGACGGGACAAGUGUUAGUACAGAAAAUACUGAAUGACAGACCGCAUUGUCUGUCGUGAUCUCUAGGAAUCUAGUGUUGGAGGACGUUCAAGGAUGAGCUGUUUGUGGUUAGCUGUGAAUUAAGUGAUUGUUUAUGUUUCAACAGUGGAAUUUUUUUCCUUUUACUGAGUAUUAUUUUAGCAGAUCACCUCCUUAAAAUAUACUGUUUUUCACAUGGUGGCUUCUCCGUUUCAUGAGGGAAGAUGAUCUCAUCCAGAUUAGAGCGAUGCAUCUGGGAUGUAUUUUUCAUGAAUGGCCGUGAUGAAUGUAUUUCCAGACCGGCUAAUGUACAUUUCAGUGAUGAAUCGCUGCAAAAUGGAUCACGAAAUGUUAAUGCUGAAAGUAUUCAUCAAUUAUUUGUCUAAGAGAUAUGAGCCGCUACCAAAGAUAGAAUGAUGGAAGACCCACGUGUGAAAAACUGUGGCAUUGUUCUUCUUUAAAUUCCAUUUUCCCUCUUGUGUGUUAAAACAGAUAUGUUAAGUUUGUUAUCAUUAUUUGCUCCAGGCAGUUAUUGAAUGCUUUCUAAUUGUGCAUCCUCAUGCUGGAAAGUUACUAUAACCCUGCUGUAUUACACAAAGCAAUACUACAUUUCAUUUUUA